GCCAAAUAUACGGUCACUGCGUAAUGUAUCCCCUUUCAACUCCCUCUCCCUCACAUCCUAUGAUCAUUGGAGUUGACGUCGCUACUUUCUGGACUUUACGUACCUGAUUUCGAUCCAUUUUCUGCUCGGAAUCGCCAUGGACGGACUUCGUAAACAACAGGUGUCGCUGCGGGGUGCGAGUGCGAAAGAGAUCUCUAGGGAUGCCUUACUUGAGAAGGUUACACAAGAGAGGGAAUUUCGCAAUUACAUGCGGCGAGCUACCGCGGCUUCACUAUUUAUUCAGAGGGUUUGGAGACGCUAUAUUUCAACAAAGGUGGUAGCUGUACAUCUUCGAGAAGAGUGGCAAGAGAUGCUCAGUUGUCAUCCAGUUCCUAUGAGCAGAGCUUGGAUUUCCAGCAACCUAUUGAGACCUUUUCUUUUCUUUGUUACAACUUUAGCAACUCGACGUCAGAGGUUUGAUGAUAGAGAUGUAGAUUGUAUGCAGAUUUGCUUCAGAAUUCUUUUGGAGAGCAUAAAUUCUAAUGAUGCACAGAGAAACUUUUGCACCCUUGCCACAUGUGACAUUGAAGAGCGAAGGACAUGGACAUAUCAAGCAAAGAAGUUGAUUUCCUUAUGCGUGCUCAUUCUUUCAGAAUGUGAUUACUCAUAUCAUGAGGGACAUCAAUAUGUUGUCCUUACAUCUAUGGCAAUGCGGUUUGUUGUUAGCUUGACUGAUCUAAAGGGUUGGAAAGCUCUUAACAAUAUCACUCUUCAAGAAGCAGAUAUGGCAGUGAAAGAUCUAGUAUGCUACAUGUGCAGUGAGAAAAGUCAGCUUUACAUUUCUAUCAGAAGAUACGUUAGUAGAUUGGAUAUUCCUUUUCCUUCACAAAUAAAAACUGCUGGCCAUACAGAUGACAGAUUCUUGAUUACUGCGAGCGCAAUCACUUUGGCACUGCGACCCUUUAAUAGUGGCAACAUGAAAAUGAAUGAGGAUGGGUUCCUAGAUUUGCAGUUUGCUGCAGAGCAGUACUGUGUGCUUCUGCUAACAAUCCCAUGGUUUACUCAACGUCUGCCAGCAGUACUCUUAUCUGCUAUUAAGCACAAAUCUAUCUUAUUGCCUUGCUUCAGGCAGAUAUUGAUAUCAAAAGAGAAAAUUUUAGAAGAUAUUUCAAAGUUGAAUAAUUUGGGACAAAGUUCAAGUCCAAAGAUGUUGCCUCCUGUUGGUUGGGCACUUGCAAACGUUAUUUGCCUUGCAGUAGGGGUUGACAGCAAUUCGGAGGAUUCUGGAAAAUUCACUCAAGGCCUAGACUACGUAUCCUACCUUCGUGUUGUUAUCAUUCUUGCCAAAGACUUAUUAACUUGGUUUGAGGGUCUUGGAUGGAUCAUAAAGGAGAACCAGGCAAUUCAAGUUAAUGGCGAGCCGUUGGUUGAAUUAGUUGACCCAAUUCCGCUUCAGGCCCAGAAAUUCUCCAACAUUUCUUAUACAGAUUUACUGAAGCCUGUUUGUCAACAAUGGCAUCUGAUGAAGUUGUUGAUCUUGGACAAGAGUUCAUCCAUUCAAAAAGCUGAUAGUUCACUGCCAGAAGCUCCAGAGAAGUGUGAAUUGACUGAUGUUGCAUAUUUUUAUUCUUAUAUGCUUAGGAUAUUUACCAUCCUCAAUCCAGUGGUCGGAUCAAUGCCUAUCCUCAAUAUGCUCUCGUUUACCCCUGGAUUUCUUUUGAAUCUGUGGGCAGCACUUGAAAAGUCCUUCUUUGCUAAAUUAGAUUCUGCUCAUGAUGCUACCAACUUCUUCAAUAGCAAUAUUACUGAAGACUCGAGGGAUAGAAUCUCCAAGAAAAAGAAAAAAGGGGUGGCUAAGAAUGGAGGCACUAAGUGGGUUAAUGUACUAAAUAAGAUCACUGGAAAGUCCCAAGGAGAUAUCGAGCAGAUAGAGUCUGUUAAUAGCCUUAGUACUCAAAGGACUGAGGACGACCCUUCUGACGUAUGGGAUAUCGAGUCUUUGAGGAGGGGUCCUGAGGGUUUAACGACAGAUUCCUCUCAUCUAAUUCAUCUCUUCUGUGCUACCUAUUCUCACCUGUUAUUGGUUCUUGAUGACAUAGAGUUCUAUGAGAAACAGGUUCCCUUUACACUGGAGCAGCAGCGCAGAAUCGCAUCAAUGCUGAAUACGUUAGUUUAUAAUGCCCUGUCCCAUAACGUUGCCUUGCAGAAUCGUCCUCUUAUGGAUGCUGCUAUUCGUUGCCUACAUUUGUUGUAUGAAAGGGAUUGUAGACACCAAUUUUGCCCCCCAGCUCUAUGGCUUUCUCCAGCUAAAAAGAAUCGUCCACCAAUUGCUGUUGCUGCAAGAACUCAUGAAGUUCUGUCAACUAAUCUUGGAUCUGAUGAUUCAUUGGUCAUCUCAAGCAUGCACUCUGUUAUCACAACGACCCCACAUAUUUUUCCGUUUGAAGAAAGAGUUCAGAUGUUCAGAGAACUUAUCAGCAUGGACAAAGUAUCGCGGAGAAUGGCUGGUGAAAUGAUUGGACCUGGUCCACAAGCUGUUGAGGUAGUAAUCCGCCGUAGUCAUAUUGUUGAAGAUGGAUUCCAGCAAUUAAAUCCCCUUGGAUCGAGAUUGAAGUCUAGCAUCCAUGUCUCAUUUGUUAGUGAGUGUGGUCUCCCUGAGGCUGGGCUAGACUAUGGUGGUUUAUCAAAAGAGUUUCUAACUGACAUAGCAAAAGCUGCCUUUGCCCCUGAUUAUGGACUAUUCACCCAGACCUCAACUUCAGAUAGACUUCUAGUUCCAAAUUCAAUGGCAAGAUGUGUGGACAACGGCUUCCAGAUGAUAGAGUUUCUUGGAAGAGUUGUUGGCAAAGCACUUUAUGAAGGAAUAUUACUAGAUUAUUCCUUCUCUCAUGUUUUUGUACAAAAGCUGUUAGGACGCUAUAGCUUUAUUGAUGAGCUAUCAGCACUGGAUCCAGAACUCUACAAAAAUCUUAUGUAUGUUAAGCAUUAUGAUGGUGAUGUCAAGGACCUCUCACUAGACUUCACAGUUACGGAAGAAUUACCUGGAAAACGGCAUGUUGUAGAACUUAAAGCUGGUGGCAAGGAUGUUAAUGUGACAAAUGAUAACAAGUUGCAAUACAUAUAUGCUAUGGCAGACUAUAAACUUAACCGACAGGUACUGCCACUUUCAAAUGCAUUUUAUAGAGGAUUGACAGAUCUUAUAUCCCCAUCUUGGUUGAAGCUGUUUAACGCCAGUGAAUUUAAUCAGCUUCUUUCUGGUGGAAACCAUGAUAUCGAUGUUGAUGAUUUGAGGAAUAAUACAAGGUACACUGGUGGUUACACUGAAGGGAGCCGGACAGUUAAGCUCUUCUGGGAGGUCAUAAGAGAAUUUGAGCCAAAAGAACGUUGUAUGCUCAUGAAGUUUGUGACAAGUUGUUCCCGAGCUCCAUUGCUUGGCUUUAAACACCUGCAACCAAGUUUUACCAUCCACAAGGUUGCAUGCGAUUUACCUCUUUGGGCAACGUUCGGAGGACAAGAUGUGGACCGUCUUCCGUCAGCUUCUACAUGCUAUAAUACCCUUAAGCUCCCAACAUACAAACGGUCAGGCACAUUGAGAACAAAGCUGCUGUAUGCCAUCAAUUCCAACGCGGGAUUUGAACUUUCAUAGAUACUUGAGUAGUAUGUGCUUAGAGUUAUAAAUAUACACUGGGGGAUGUGUUCUCAACCUUGCCAAAUCUACUUUAUAUCCAUAGCAGUAGUCAGAAUAUACGCCGACUACGGUCUCCUUGCUUUUUUCAAGUCAUGGGAAGUUGUGUGAGAGGUGGAACGUGGUGCUGAAGUAAAGACGGUACAGACUGGUAUUUCCCCUAACUGCAGCCUUGUGUUCCUGUAAUUAAAUGAGAACUGUAUACUUUGUGCUAUGAUAUAUAUUGUUUCUCAUAAUAAUAUGUUGUAGCCUUGUGUUCCUGUAA